AUGUCUGCAACAAUCUCCUCAGAUCGUCGCGUAAGGGACCAAGAUGCCCUCUCGACCACCUCCUCAGACGAUUCGGAUAUCAGCAACGAAGAGGGAUGGGAAGAUGUUGAGCCUGACGACGAGACACAGCCGGUAAUUGGCCUAUUUUCCGAUAAGGUCUACCCUGAUGUACAGUCAAUGCUCCAGGAGUCUAAAGACAAGCAUGGCUUUGACUUGCGGAAGAUUCGAAAGGACCUUGCUAACUUAUUCCGUUUCACAUCAGACUUGGAUUUUCUUGGUACUAUCAGAUUAGUCAAUUAUGUCCGGUCUCAAGUCAAAGCUGGGAACACAACCCCGGAUGUGUCUUCGAAAGAUAGAUUUGAGGACGAUGCUUACCUGAAGCCGGUUCUUGAAGAUGACGCCCUUUUAUAUAGCUUGGACGAUAUCGAAGACGAACAUUCCGCGACAGCCGGUACCACUGAGGCAGAGCGCCGCGUGAUCGAGCUUCAGGAGGACCUUGAACGCCUUCAGAGCCAGUUCACUGAGUACAGAAUGGCUGUACAAAAGUCAAUGGAAGAGCAGUUGUCCAUGGAUGAUGAAAAAUUGAGAUCAUCGCCCAGCGGCCCGUCCGGCAAGAAGAUGAGCAAGGUUGAGGAGGCAGACGCAGAUUACUUCGUCUCCUACUCGUACAAUGGUCAGUUCUCCACAGGGUCCCGAGCUGGAUAUGCCUUUUGCGCUAACUGUCAUAUGCUUGAAGCCAUUCACGAGUCUAUGCUGAAGGACACUGUCCGUACUGACUCUUAUCGUGAUUUCAUUUACGACAACAAGCAUCUCUUCAAGGACAAGGUCGUCUUGGAUGUCGGAUGUGGAACGGGCAUUCUUUCCAUGUUCUGCGCGAAAGCAGGUGCCAAGAAGGUCAUCUCAGUCGACAAUUCCAAUAUAAUUGACAGAGCCAAGGAAAUCAUCUACGAAAACGGUUUUGGCGACGUGAUCACAUGCAUCCGUGGCAAGAUUGAAGAAGUCACUCUGCCUGUUUCCCAUGUCGACAUUAUCGUCUCCGAAUGGAUGGGCUAUUGCCUUCUAUUCGAGGCCAUGUUUGACUCGGUCAUUUACGCCAGAGACAGGUAUCUCGCUCCAGGAGGACUAAUGGUACCCUCAGACGCCACCCUAUGUAUUGCGCCGUUUGCCGAUUCCGAGUUCAUCUCGUCACACAUCUCAUUCUGGGACGAUGUGUACGGUUUCAAGAUGGGCAGCAUGCGCAAGAACAUCUACGACGACGCGCUUGUUCGUAGCGUGCAGCCUGCGGCAAUUCCUGGUGAUUCUGAUGUCUUCCUAGAACUGCCGUUGCAUACCAUCACCGUGGAGGAGCUCUCAUUCCUGAAGGGGUUCCAAGUUACUCUGAAGGAAGAUAUCGAUGCCCUUGACGGUUUCGUUAUCUGGUUUGAUAUUUUCUUCAUGCCCUCUAGGGAUUCUACUGUCCCGAAGAACGCCGUUCCUUCAGAAAUGAAGAAGAAAGGUUUCGUCGCCUUUACUACAGGCCCUCACGGACCGGAGACGCACUGGCAACAGGGCGUUCUCCUGAUUGAUCGCGAGAGAAAGAAGGGAGUCGCCCUAAAGAAAGGUCAGGCCAUCGCUGGCAAGGUCGGUUAUCAGAAGAGAGAAGAAGGGUCACGCUCGCUGGACAUCACUGUCGAGUGGGAUACUCAAGCGGGCGAGCAGGGGGCCCAAAAAUGGGUGCUCCAAUGA